GCUGUUUUACGCGCGUGCGCAGUUGUUAUUUCCUUGUUAACUUGUACGUACUGCUGAAUUAAUCCAUGAUAAAAUGGCAGGGGCAACUCUUUUUGUUAUAAUUCUAUUUUGUGUCAUUAUAAAGCACACCGAGUCAUCUCCGAAGACGGAAAAUAUCCUGAUCAACGUGACAGCAGGGGCAUUGGCAGAUGCACAAGAAUCUAACAAUUUGCAGAUUACUUUAAACAUAUCGGUUGGCGAGGAGGUAUUGGUAAAUGAUGUUCCUGUUCAGUUAUCGGGGGUGACCCGAUUCAACUGUCAAGCACUUCUCUUGAAUAGCACUAAUGGAAGCAUUGAGUAUGAAGGAGGGGACCUGGUAUCGACUGUCACCCGGGUUAUGGUGACCCAGAACCGACUGUAUAGCGACUUGGAAGAGGUGGUGGCUCUGCAAGUGUUUAGUGAAGUCAUUGAGUUGGAGGGCAAACAGGUUCAGCAGCCUGAUAUGUGUGAGGUGAAAUUAUUGAUGAGCCCAGAUUUUGAGAAGCUGGCUCAGUUCACCAACACUUACCCCAUCGGACUCAGUGAGAUAUUCAAAGUUUCCAGAGACAACGACGUGCUAGUCACAGAUCCAACAAACCAUGGAAAAGAUGAGCAAAUGAUGCUACAGACGACCAGUCAGUACCCUCUAAAACACUCUGGGACGACACAAGAAGAGAUUGCAGCACCGGGAAAACUCCCGGAGACUCCACUUCGCAUGGACGCUGACUUCUUUGAUAAUAUUAAAUCUGAAGACACUGAAACUGAAGAGCUGGGUCAACAAGACCAGAUUUCCACUGAGAGUUCACCACAAGGAUUUUUCUCGUACUCGGCCAUGUGUCGUUGGGUGGAAGAUUUCCGGGAGCGUCUGAGAAUCUUCUGCUCAGAGUCACUGCCCCUCUUUUUCUUGGUGAUGUGUGUGGUCGUCAUUGGUGUUGUCGGAUCAGCAGUCAUUGUCAAGAUAUUGGACUUGUUCUUCCCAACUUGUGAACACAAGCGGAUUUGUCAUCCCAACACAUUCAUUUUGUUGCCGAAUGAAGAGAAGCACACUCUCCUGGAGAACACAGAAUUAGAAGAGGAUGAGAAAACAUUAAAUGAGGACUUUUUUUUUUGGUCAGUGUUUCUCUAUUUUCUUUUGCAUCUUGUGGAGUAAAUGGAAGUCAGAUGAGCCGGUUUGGUUGAUAUAAAUGAGAAGGUUCUGUUAAUUGUUAUUUAGCACAGAUGCAAUCUGUCUCAUCAAAUUGUCUUCAAGCCAAUAAAGUUGACUUGAGUGUUAUCUCCAAGACGUAAGCCAUCAUACAUAGACUGGUCAUAUCAUUAGGUACAUUUUGAUGAAUCAUCUAGUCAUCUGAGUGGCAUUAGUAUAAGUAUUAGAACACUUUGGUGCAAUGCUUUCCCAAACAACAACCACAAUAGAUUGUCAAAUUAAUUUGUCAAAUGCAGAUUUCCAUUGGGAAAAACAGCUGCAUGGUAUAAUUGGAUUGGAUCUCAUCAGCAUGCUUAAUUCUAUGGCCAGUGAGUGGAUAUAUAUGAAAAAUUUUUUUUGCACUUUUUGAGGUAACUAUUUAAUUCGGCACAUUUCCUGCAUGAAUGUCAGUCAGAAAAUGCGUUUUUCUUUUUUUUUUUGUUUACCCCUACAUGUGAUUGUAAUGUCCUUUUCACAAUGCCACACAGUCUAUUGUAGUGAUGGAUGAGUUGGGGGAAUGUGUGAGUAUUAAUUCAAGAGCAUGGGCACAAUACAAUGGUGAAACACU